AUGAAACUUCACACCACAAUCAGGAAGACAGUCAUAGCAGCAGUUCAAAUUGUAGUGGCCAAGUGUGCCAUGUACGAGGACUUUGACUACUACGGAAGAGGAGACGGAUUCAACAACGGGUGCGGAUACGCACAGCCCAUGCAGACUCUUGAUGACGCGUACUACUACGGGGACUUUGAAACAGCAACUCCUGCAGAGGUAGGAGGAUGCAGCCUUGGAGGAUGCGGAAUUGGAUCGGGCUCAGUUGAGCCAGCAAUCAACGGAGGAUACUCUGGAGAGGCAUCUUUCAACUUCGGCGCCUGCCCUUCCCCUGCAUUUGCUGAGCAGUACGCUCCCCAGCAAUACGUGCCAGAGCAGUACGUUCCCCAGCAAUACGCGCCAGAGCAGACUUUCGGAUACCCAGCAGCUGGCAGCUACGAAAUGUCUACAGGCUACUUCAAUGCAGCUCCGGUUGCCCAGGUAGCCAGUAUUGUGCAGGAGUCUCCUGUUCCGGUUGCCCACAUCGCAUCUUGCGCCCGUGCACAGGAGGCGAGCGUUGAGCCCAUUACACUUCUUCUGAACGGAAACGUCCCCGUUGACAUGCACCCAACCACCAUCACUGUUGGCGACCAAACUUUCCCCUUGGGAGGCGCCCCAGCAAUUUCUUCUGCGGUCGCAAACCCGCUUACAAUUGGAUCGGCUGAUGUGAGAAGCCUGGACCUGUCCAGCGCAAUCAUCCAGCCUCUCCCCACCCCAACCCAGGCUGAGGUGGAUGCAGCUGCAGCCACAAGCGCAGCCGGCAUCACCGCUGCACAGUUGAAGAAGGAGCAGGAAGAGAAGGGCAAGAAGGGCGACAAAGACGGAAAGAAGGGCAAAGGAAAGUCCGGGAAGAAGGGGUCGUCUGCCAAGAAAGGUGCAGCAGCCAACAAGAAGAAGAAUGGAGUAGCAGGAGUGUCCACUCUUGUGGCCAUUGCAAUUCUGCCAAUAGUUGCAUUAAUCAUGUAA